UGAGCGGCCGAGCAGCUGAAAAUGUUUGGAAACUCCCUUUAAUUCUCACCUGGAGCCUCUUGAGGAUUAAGCGGAGAGGAGGACCUGAAGAAGCCCAGUCUGCAAGCACUAUUCCAGACUCACUGCUCUCUGAGGGACGACUUUGUCCGAAAACAGUUUUGUGGAAAUGCCUCACCUGAACUUUCCAGACCAGACUCACAUGGUCCGUCCGAUCUAAGGGAUUUUAUAGCGCUGGACGAGAGGAAACUGGGGGAUCCCGACUAUACAGGCUUUGUGAUGUCCUCGGGCCGUGAGUCUAUAGGGGAUCUGAUUCCCCUGGAUAUGCUGCAGGUGUUCAGUGAGGAGCGUCAGCAUGGCAGAGGCAAACGGGGCGGCAGAAGGGCAGCAUCCUUCAGGCGCGCGUUCAAGUGGUUCAAGAGCCAGCGCAGGAAAACUCGCAGACGUGCUACUGAAAAACAUGGAGACCUGCUCGCCACUGGAUCACCUGUGGAACUGCCACCAGCCACACUUAACACAGGCCUUAAAGAGGAGGUUGUAGGCACCGUUUCUCUUCAGCAGUUCCAAGAAAACGUGUUUGUGGAGGGUGAUCGACCUAAAUAUGUGUUGGACCUCCACACAGAAGCCCAGCAGGGCCUGAAACUGCAACAGCAAGAGGAUGACAGGAAUGGGACGGACUUCCCUGAUGACCAAAGCAUGAUUUCAACAGUAACUGCUCAGACUGAAGACAGCAUGGCCUUCAGUGAGCUGAGAGGCUUUGAGUCUGAGAGCACAGCAGCCGAUUCUGUUUCAAUGCGCUCCUCCAUUUCUUCACGAUCAACACGCUCAGGACUAAAACGGCAAGCCUCAACAUUCAGGCCUCUGAAACCAGAUAAGUCUGCAGAGAAGCCCAGGACUCGUAGGAAGCCUGUGAGAAAUGUAGUUGGAAUUCCUCGACACGUCCAGAAAGAACUGGGGCUGGACAGGGCAGCAUGGAUCACCACCAAUGCUCUUGAUUACCAACUGUCCAAUGGAGAUGUGAUCAUACCCGCCAUAAUAACUGCUGUGGAUGGUGUUUCUAGCAGCUCUGAACAAGAAAGCUUACAAGACUAUCCACAGAGAGGACAGAACCUGCACAUACUUUUGGAAAACAACACAGAGGUCCCCAUGCUGGCAAAGCACAAAGAUAUCCUCCAAAGGUCCAUGAACCAAUUUGUAGAUCCAGGCACUUUAGGUGUUCCAGAGAACCAAACUGGUGCAGUGAUGUCCAUCUCGCCUCAGGCCACAUAUUUGUCUAAAAUCAUUCCGAAUGCUGUACUUCCACCAUCUGUGGAUGUUGUAGAACUCAGUCGCAGCCGAAGUCGGAGCAGUGUCCGAACUGUCAGCAAGAGCAGCCUGGUGUCAGCCAGCCCAGCGUCCACCCGGGCAUCCUCUAGAGUCUCUUCACAUCGCUCCACUACUCGUACAGACUAUUCUGGCUGGAGCAACUCAGGAUCAUCAGAGACGCUAGUUUCCAAUUCCUCUACCAUCUCCAGCAGUAGCACUCCCCGUGUGGCCAGCAGAGGGAGUCAGUUUGAACACACAAAUGUGGCUGCAAAGCUAAACAAUCACAGUUCCCAUGUUGCUUUUAAACCUAGUCAAGUGAAUGGGGACUCUACAGAGGAGGAGGACAUCAGAAAAGCUGCUACUUUUACUCGUAACCUAUCUGUAAUUAAACGUGGCAAGAUGCCUCCGCCUCCUCCCAACAGGUCAUAUUCCUUACGCAAUGGCAAACAGUCAUGGAAGAAAUCUGAUGGUCCUUCUGACUUGGAUGAUGUUAGCAUUCCUGAUGUAUCACCGUACCCUUGUAUCAUAACUUCAUCUGAAACAAAGACUGAGUUAAGCCCUAAAAGUGGCUUAUAUUCUUCCAAUGGAACUACCCUGUCAAAAGAGAUCCAGGCAGUCACAGAAAAGAAAAAUAAGGGUCAAACAAAUGGUACGAGUAAGCUUGCUGAACUGAAGAAAUCCCUUUUGUCUGCAAAAAGUCUUUAUAAUGGUAACAAUUCCUCUCCAGCUGUAAUGGCCCUCUUGUCUCUGCUAGAGAUUCCCACCCAUCCCAAAGUACUGGCUCCCCCAGCUCCUCCACCAGAGACCUGGGCACACAACCAGCGUUCUUUUGAAUUGCUGUGUGGGCCUGGACCUAUUAACUAUGCACGGUGGGCCAAAAAGAGAGGUCUUAAAGUUGCAGAUGAAACAGACCUAGCUUUAGGCAGUUGUGCCAGUGCAUCAGAGCUGCAGCCAGUGAUGCUAAAAGGCAAAGUUGAAUCCUUAACUUCAGACUCUCGUGUCGCACCAUCUCCAUCACCUCUACUGGAGCAUUGCCCUCCAUUGCCAGUCAUCAGCCAAGCCAAUCCUCCACCACCCCCUCCAGACUUUGUUCCUUCAACUCCUACUCUAGCUGCCAAAGCUAUAAAGGAAUUGACCACUUGGAUUCCUCCACCUCCCCUGUUUCCUCCUCCAGCACCUCCUGUACCUCCAGUAAGUACAGAUGCUGCAGCCCCUUUCACUGUGCCAAAUGAUAAAGAUUUCCCUCCACCACCCCCACCAUUUUCGCCAAAGACUUUACAAUCAUUGCCUCAGUUACCACCAGGUAUUCCACCUCCACCACCACAGGCAGUUCCACCUCCACCUCCACAGGCAGUUCCACCUCCACCACUACAGGCAGUUCCACCUCCACCACCACCACAGGCAGUUCCACCUCCACCACCACAGGCAGUUCCACCUCCACCACCACAGGCAGUUCCACCUCCACCAGCACAGGCAGCUCCACCUCCACUAACACUACCAUCUGAACCACAGAAAAUCCCAUCUCCUCCAAAAGAAUCCCGAACUUUGAUACAGAAUGUGUUAGUGACAUCUUCUGUAACUUCUCAACAAAUCAAUGUUCCUCCACUUCUGCCUCAACCCAACGAUGUAAGAGCUCAACUAGCCAAUGUUCCUCCUCCACUACCUACUGAUGUAAAGUGUCAAGUCAGCAUUCCUCCUCCUCCCUCACUACCCACUGAUGCAAGAUUUCAACGGAUCAUUGCUCCUCCUCCUCCUCCACUAUUUGCUGAUUCAAAAUCUGAAGAAGUCAUUGUUCCUCCUCCACCUCCACUACCUGCUGAUGCAAAAUCUCAACAAAUAAUUGUACCUCCUCCUCCUCCACAACCCUCAGAUGCAAAAUCUCAACCAAUCAUUUUACCUCAUCUUGCACAACCUGCUGAUGCAAAAUCUCAACAAGUCAUAGUACCUGCUCCUCCUUCACUACCCGCUGAUGAAAGAAUUCAGCAAGUAAAUAUUUCUCCUGCUGCUCCUCCUCCUCUUCCACUAUCUACUGAUGUAAGAAAGAAGGACAAAUUGGAGACCAUGGAAGUCGAGAAACGUACAAGCAGUCCCUCUCCAGCCAAAGAGGAAUCCUCCAGUCCCAUGGUCACUCAGUCUCUCCUGCAGAUGGUUCGUCUCAGGUCAGUAAAGUCCAAUCAGACUCAGGCAGCAGAUCUCGAUAAACCAUCUCAAGCCAAACCAAAAUCUGGUGCCAAUCAAGAAGCACCCCCAAAGCCAAUUAGACGGUCUUUGAUUCUAACAUCACUGCCUCCUGAUCUGGAAUCUCUAUCCAGCACAGAACCAAAAACUGAAUCUCCAUCCAACACUGUACAUGCAAACAUAACCACCGUAACAAACACUCAGCAAGGAGUAACUGAAUCAGAGCCUCAAUCAAACCACAUUGACCAAACAAGAGUAGAGCCAACAUGCUCAUCACCUACUGAACCAAGUACCGCUUCAGCUCCUACUGAAUCAGUGGCUACACAUCCUAUUGCAGAACCACACCUCAAACCUCAAACCCUCAAGGAACAAAUCCAGCCUUCAGUACCUGUCACAGAAUCCUUGCCAACCAAAACAGUGCCAAAGGACCAAUUAGUUAGCAAGCCAUUGACUCAACUUCAGCCUCAAGGACUCCCAAAAACCCAGCAUAAUUCAGAUAAACAAUCAAGCAUCAUUGAAAUACCUUCAAAGAUUAAUGUUGAACAGCCAAAAAUCCAAACACCAACAACUCUUGCCACUUCCACACCUCCGGUAGGAUCUUCAGCAGCUAACCCCUCCAUGCGUCUCCAGGAUGCAAUUCGUCUGAAGGCUGCCGCUAUGUCUUCAAAAGACAACCAAGCCAAGCUAUUUGGUCUGCGUUCCCCUCCAGCAGCCAUUGUAACCAACUCCCCUGCAUCUACAGCCAGCUUCAUCUUCUCCAAGAGCACAAAGAAAGUUGUAAUAGAUACACCAUCAUCCUUGGAGGUUCAGGCUGAUCUGAAAAAGACUCUAGUGUCAGAAUUCACAUCUGUCACUGAAUCAGCCAAGUCUAAUGACUUGCACAAGACUGCUAACAAGGUUCCUCCACCUAUCGCUAAGAAACCCAAUGGUAAGGUUGAGAGUGUUGUUCAGAAUUCUGCAGAGGCCCAAUCUGCAGCCAAGUCUGAUAGUGUGCAAACAGAGACUGUACAAACUGCCGGACAGGAAGUACAGACAGAGAACUCUGAGAAACUGACAAAGGAAUGAAAAACAUGCAUGAAUGGUUUAUUAACCUUUGAGUUUUAUUGCAGAUAACCCAGGUUUUAUUUAGAUCUUAGUCUCUCACUGCGAUUUUUGAGAUACCAAAAAAAGUCUUUAUGUACAGAUAGGCAUAUUGCACUUUUAUACACUGGUUUAGUGUAAGUGAGUCACAUUCAUGGGAAUGCAUGUCACUGGCUUUCGGAAAUGAUAAAUAUUUUUAUUUUAUUUAUGUCCUCAGUUGCAGACAGAAGCCAUGCUACCUUUAGACUGUGGGAAAUCUCCAAUCCGGUAGCAGAGUAUAAAUUGUGGUAACAUAGCAGGAAAGCAGCAUGCCCAAGGAGUUUGUUGAUUACACAUCCACAGUUCUGUUGAAUUUUACAGGCAUUGGUGUGUGCUGGAAAAUGAGAACAGCAUGAAAGGUAAAGAAGGGACAGAAUGUAAAUUAGAAAAUGAAAAGGUGGAGUCAGAGUUGGAUUUGGAAACAUGAACAACUGAUUUGGGGGUGGGAGCAAGUGAUUAUUCCAUUUUUACAUUAUAUUUGCUAUCAUGUAAAACAGAAUAUAUAAUGACAUUAAAACUCCCACCCAUAGUGUCCAUGGGAAGGUAGAGAAGAAAGGAAUCUAAGCAAGUGAAAGUAAAACAAAGAUGAAAGUCAGUAUUGUGUGCAAGUAGGGCCAAGCAAGCAUAAACCGCAUAAAUAAGAGGUGUAUAUCUGUGUAAUCGUUACUAUUUUUUUUUACAGAGAAGUUCAUUAGUUUACACAGUUAAUGUAUAUUGCAGGCUAUAAACUGAACACAUAAAGAAUGAAUGUUUUUUUUAAUAUAUGAAAUUUUUCUUAUGCACUAUGAUUGAUGUGUUCCUUUGAUUUCAGCAAUGUCUGUCUUCGGUUAUAAUCUCUCUAAGAAGAAAUGCCUUAUUUACAUUUUAUGUCAAAACAGAUUCUCUAAAACUAUUCUAAACUUCAUUGUUUCAUCUGAUGAAAGUAAAAUGUGUAAAACAAAGUUA